CUCAAUAAUGACUAUGACACACCGACUCAUGAUCCAUAGAUCCCUGAAGUACAUUCUUGUUCUUCAGUUUCACCAUUUCUUUGUACUAUAACAAUGAAACUCAAACUCAUUCUGUCGGUUUUAUUGUUCGUGUCAGUAACCACCAUUGCUGAUGAUGAUUACAUUCGACCUCAGCCUCGAAAAACGUUACAUCUUCCCUGGGAUUCAAAACCCUCUUCUUAUCCUCAGCAGGUACACAUUUCUUUGGCAGGAGACAAACACAUGAGAAUUACCUGGAUCACUGAUGACAAAUCUGCACCUUCAGUUGUAGAAUAUGGAACAUUGCCAGGGAAAUACGAUUCUGUAGCUGAAGGAGAGACAACCUCUUACAGUUACAUUUUCUAUAGCUCAGGAAAGAUACACCAUACAGUAAUAGGCCCUUUAGAGCCGAGUUCUGUUUACUUUUACCGAUGCGGUGGACAAGGUCCCGAGUUCCAGCUCAAAACACCUCCAGCUCAAUUUCCGAUUUCUUUUGCUGUGGCUGGAGAUCUUGGCCAAACCGGUUGGACUAAAUCAACGUUAGAUCACAUCGGCCAAUGCAAAUAUGAUGUUAACCUGAUUCCUGGUGAUCUUUCAUAUGCCGAUUAUAUCCAGCGUCGUUGGGACACGUUUGGUAGGCUUGUGCAGCCGCUUGCUAGCGCUAGACCAUGGAUGGUAACACAAGGGAACCAUGAAGUGGAACAUCUACCAUUGUUAAAGGAGGGAUUUAUAUCCUAUAAUUCUAGAUGGAAAAUGCCGUUUGAGGAAAGUGGAUCGAGUUCGAAUCUCUAUUAUUCUUUUGAAGUUGCCGGUGCUCACAUUAUCAUGCUUGGUUCAUAUGACGAUUAUGACGUGCACUCGGAACAAUAUAGAUGGCUAAAGACAGAUCUGUCGAAGGUGGACAGGAAAAGAACACCCUGGUUGCUUGUCAUAUUUCAUGUCCCGUGGUAUAAUAGUAACACGGCUCAUCAAGGUGAAGGUAGCGAUAUGAUGAAAACCAUGGAGCCGUUGCUUUAUGCUGCUAAAGUUGAUUUAGCUUUUGCCGGUCAUGUGCACGCAUAUGAACGCUCGAAACGUGUAUAUAAUGGAAAACUUGAUCCUUGUGGUGCUGUUCAUAUAACAAUUGGUGAUGGAGGGAACAAAGAAGGCUUAGCUCAUACGUAUAUAGAUCCACCUCCAAAGUGGUCAGAAUUUCGUGAAGCAAGUUUCGGUCAUGGUGAGCUAAAGCUUGUAAACUCAACGCAUGCGUUUUGGAGUUGGCACCGGAAUGACGAUGAUGAGCCGGUAAAAUCUGAUGAUAUUUGGAUUACCUCUUUAGUCAGCUCAGGUUGUGUUGAACAGAACAGAAAUGAACUUGAGCAUGCACUUGUGACACCUUAAAAUCCUUUGAUCUUUAUUUCCUCAACAACGGAUUAGCAAAGAGUUUGGUUGUGAAUUUAAAUCAUGCAAAAAAAAAAAAAGAGAUUAUUAUAUAGUAAUAUCAGCUUGAGGUAUUUUAGUACUUUAAUAUAAGUUUGCUCCUAUACUUUAAGGUAAUUACAGUUGGUUGUGUCUUAUUAGUUAUCACUUUUAUUAGUAAUAGACGGUAUUGCUUAUAUAAUGUUGUCUUAACAUGAAAUAUUGUUGGUUUUAUGAAUUGAAAUAUCAAGAGUUGUUGCUUGUGUA